GGUUCGCAAGGACGUCUCGCGUUUCCGCCGCGCCGAAGCGAGACAGACAUAGUACAGCCCUCGGGCUAGAGCGGGACGAACGAUAACUUCGUCCAUUUUCAACAGGUCGUUAUUGUUACAUCCACUGAAUGGUGAUUUCGUGAAAUAAUUCCUAACAUCGCCGGACUUUUCUUUUAUCAAUUCGUACGCUUUAACUUUUACGAUUACGAGUAGGCACUACAUGGCUGUGUGGGAUGGGUUAUUGCCACUCUAGUGUUGUGAGCUUUUAAGACUUGUGUCAACUUCGAGAAAUGUUAUUAUAACUUCGGGUCGUUGGCUGUUAAAAUGUGCUACUUCAGCAUAAUAGUGAUAAUAUUUCAGUAGCGCGUUGUUGUGAGUGUAGUGGUUGUGCACGAUGCCGAGUCGCCGCGCGCUCGUCCGCACCUACCCGCACUUGUUGCUAAUACAGAUUAGCUUGGGGAUCGCGGCGGGCAUGUCGGACGUGUGGGUGGAGCUGCGCGCGCCGCGGUUCGUGGUGCACCGCCACAGCGCCGCGCUGCGCUGCGAACACAACGUGCAGCCCGAGGCCAUAUACAAGGUGGUGUUCUUCAAGGAUGACUACAGAAUAAUGCAGUACAUACACGGCCGGGAUCCCCCCUUCUUACUCUACAACUUCACGGGGGCUGAAAUUAAGUUAUCGAAGUUGACGUCGACGUCGAUCACGUUGGAAGCGAUGGACUUCCCCGCAUCGGGGUUCUACGCGUGCGAGAUCGCGCUCGAAACGCCCCUCUACUCGAAGGUGUCCAAUAAACACGAGAUAUCUGUUAUAGUGCGUCAAAAGUACCGUCCCCGUAUAAAGAUGCUGCACCGCAAGCUGACGUCCACCGACCUGCUGGAGGCGACGUGCCAGAGCGCGCCCGCGCACCCCGCGCCGCACCUCGCCUGGUUCAUCAACAACGUCAAAGUGGACGAGAGCCUGACCAUCCCGAACGGCGUGACUCCCACGUCGAAGCACCACCACGGCAUGCCGCUGCUGGUCACCAACACGUCCCUGCAGUUCCCGCUGAGCUCGCUGCAGCUGGUGCCCAACCAGACCGUGGACGUCACGUGCAUAGGCACCAUACCGAGCUUCCCGGCCGAGGCGCACGGAUACGCCGAUAUACAGAACCAUACCAUAUCUGUGAACGUGGUUCGCCUGGAGCCCAUGCCCACUCAGAUGCCGGUGAAGAUCGUGAGCGCCGACCUGAGCUCCUCGUCACCAAGCCAUGUCCUGGACAAAGCACUCACAGGUCUCAUAUACAUCAUGUUUCAUAUAAGGCAUAAUCUAGAUUUUAAUAUAUGAAAGAAAUGUUUUUAUAUGUAAACAAAAAUGCAUUAGUCUUUCCGUUUGUUUAUUUACUGUUGUUAUAAGAUCUGAUUUAGAACUUGCAGUUAUAAUUAUAUAGUGUGAAUUUAUUGACAAAAAGAAUUUAAGUAAAGAAGAGUUUGAAAUUGAAGGGAUUUUCCUAACGUUGCCACUACGGUUUGCAUAAUAUGUAUAGAUACGUACAGGAUGUUACAAACGCAAUAUAGUAAGCUGUUAGAGGUGACUCAGCUAGUCAUGGAAAACAGCUUUUCUUUAACAGCUUUCGGAAAUUCACAAAAAAUAGUUAAUAUUCGUAACGUGAUUUUAGAAUGUAGUUUGUUUUUCGUGAAUAAGCUCAUAUGUUAUCCUCUUUCAGCUUAAUAUAUCAGUUUUUUCUCAUCCUGUAUAUCCGCAACACAAUGCUGUAGUUGUAAAUGAUAAUUAGCCUUAUGCCCCUGAUUUAGCAUAUUUCCAAUGUAUAUUUUCCGACGUAAUAAUAUGGCUUAUGUGCAAUAUAAAGACUGAAUUUAUAACUUAGUGAUUUGAAAUUUAUUAUUCAGCUAUAAAAUAUUUCAUAAAAUAUCCACCACUUUAUUUGCCCUCAGUAGAUUACGAUUUUGUUCUGAUCUCUAAAGUACCUGGAAUCAUAAAAAGAGUUAUUAAUGUAUUAGUUGUUAAAUUUUAUUGCUAUUAUAGUGAAAAGUCUAUUACAAACAUAACAUUAGGAUAGUUAUGUUAUAAAAAAUAGUAAAAAUUUAUAGAGCGGUCAUCAAUCAUCACAUUAUUACAUAAUAAUAUGAAAAAACUCUUUUUUUGUUGAAAAAACAAUUUGAAAUAAUAUUAUUUUUCUUUAAAGCAAGUAUACAUAAUAUAGUUAUAAUUAUAAAUAUUGUUCAUAUUUUUGUCUUAAAGUUGUUAAGAGGCCUAAAGAGCAAUUACGUAACUUAAAACAUAUCAAAAUUAAAAGUGAAAUAUAUCUAUUAAACAUUUAAUGUAUACCUAAAUGUUGUGACGAGGUCGUGUGGUGUGUGUAUUUGCUGUUAUAUUAUAACGGCAUAAGAAUGUAUGUAGAUAAUUGAACUAAAGUGAUGGAUUUUCGAUUAUUAUGAUAUCAAAAAAUCUGAUGGUGGACAUGUGGACUAGAAAUAGUUACGAUUAGACUGCACAGUCUGAGCGGUACCGAUAAUAUGUUACUGAAACAGUUUGCCACCAUUAGCAACAAAUAUUUCUGAAUCUAAAGUUACACAUAUUAUGUACCUAUACACAGCACUCAGCUAAACACAAAAGACCUAGCCAUUAUUUUCUGAAUGUAUCUAUUUAUGAUAUUUAAAGGGAAUGACUUAUUUAAAUAAAAAUAUGUAUAUUUAUUAAAAACAUCGGCACAUUUUCAGCUUCAUUCCCAUGACCCUGAAAAUCCUGAAAUCAAAUGCAAAUAAAUUAAUACGAGCUCGAAGGUUUACUUUGUUCAUAAAAUAUGGAAAUAAAUAUAACUGUUUUUAUUUAAGAGUUUUUUUAUCUUAUGUUACCUCUCUUAGGUUUAUUGCACAUACCGAAAAAUAACAGUUAAAUAUAUAAUUUUCUGGCUUAAAGUCAAAUAGUGAAAUACAAAUCCAAAUAUUUCUAAAUUACUUAUUAUCUUCUUUGUUAAAAUUUCCGGACGUGAAAAUUAAGUUAAUAAUAAUAAUAAUUGUAUAUUUACCAAAGCUAAUUAUUUUUUCCAAAACUUAAAAUACAUUAUUAAUAAAUGUUUAUAGCUAUAAUAUGAAACAUUUCAACACAUUGAAAAACAUUCACAAUCAACCAGAUUGCAUUGCACCAGCACUAAUAAUUAACUGAUUUAACCUACAUAUUGUCAUAUGUUAAAUAAUAAUUAUUUCUUCCACAAAAUUAUUAGGUAUGUCAAUUAUAAUAUGUGAAUUAGAUCAAAUUAAUUAAAUUGUAAAUCUAGAAAUUAUAAUUUGAUUGGAUACGGAUAAUGCUAAUACCUACAGCUAGUCUUAAGAGUCAAACACGACUACUUCUUAUUUGCCCGUAUAUAAAUAAAAGUAUGAUUUACAUACAUUAAAAACAUUAAUUAUGUAGUUGUAUAACUAUUAGCAGUAACUUUACUGUACUUUCUCUAUUGUUGAAGUGGAUAUAUGCAGGCUAUUGAUGUCUUCCUUAAUGCUAUACACUCUUUUUAUAAAAUUUACGUGUAUUGUAGUGAUAUUUACUGUAAAAACCAUUUGAUAUCAACACUAUAAUAAUAACUUUGUAUAAAGGGUGUUGCAAAAAUUAUAAAAUAUGCAACAAACGAGAAAUUGCAAGGUGUGUGAUCUCUUUUCUGAGUACAGUGUGAUUAUUGCAACAUCCUGUAUUUGCAUUGCAUUUUGUGAAUAAAGCACUAACAUAAUAUCUACUAUUUAUUAUCUAUCAUCCAGAGUAGAUAGGUGACAAGCAACUUCAUAUUUCGAUAUACAUUUUGUAUGUAUUUAGAUUACAAUACCAAUGACGCAUCGUACGAAUAUCGAAUUAAAUACAACAUGCUGUAUUAAAUAAACAGCAUUUUGGGUAAAACUAUAAUGCUUUACAUGGUAAAUUUCUGGGUUAAUAUACUUAUAUUUUUAACUGAGCUAUUUUACUCUCUUUCUUCUGUUACAUAUUCAACGAAACCAUCCUAUCUUAAUAAGAGAAUGUAUUUUAUUAUUUUUAUUUUUAAAGUUUUUUCUACGUAGAUUUUGGUACUAUUAAUAGGCCCUAAAACUUAUGAUUAGCUAAGCUAAUUUGUAUUAGAAUUUUGAUGUUUUACUUACUAUUAGUGUCUGUAUGUAGGUACUCGUAAACGGAUACACCAGUGCUAUUUAAAACAUAAGACAGUAUAUUAGUUAAUAAAGAUGUAUUUUAUAUACAAAAUUGUAUUUGAGUGUUCUAAGCGAAAAGGUAUAAAAUUCAUUCAAGGCUCUAUACUAUUGAAUGUUAUUCUAAUAACAUAGGUAGGUUAUAAUAGGUACUUUUAGAAAAUUUAUGUUAGGUCGUUUUUUCAUAUUUAAUGUUGUAAAUAUUUUAUUUGUUUAUAUCUACAUGUGUGUGGAUGUAAACAUGGCUUUACAUAUAAUUGUAUAAAUGUAUCGAUGGCUCUAAAUGUGCUAUAAAAUAAAAGAUCAUUAUUAUUUACUCCGAAAUAAAUAAAUG